UUGUAUCAACCAAUGACAUUUCCAUACGAAUCCUGACUUGCAACAUCGUCCAAUCACAGCCCAGCGUCGGUACUACUGCAGCAAGAUGGCGGCCCAAGGCGACGUGGACGAACUUUUUGACAUCAAAAACGCCUUUUAUCUGGGAAAUUACCAACAAUGUAUCAACGAGGCUCAAAAACUGAAGACUUCCUCACCAGAUGUGAAGACGGAGAGGGAUGUCUACAUGUACCGGGCUUACAUUGCACAGAAGAAGUACGGUGUUGUUCUGGACGAGGUGUCCGGAGUCUCGGCCUCUGAACUGCAGGCAGUACGCCUGUAUGCAAACUACCUCGCCAGCGACCAGAAAAGGGAUGCUGUGCUGAAGGACCUGGAGGGACAGAUGAGCUCCAGCCUGGAUGUGGGGAACAACACUUUCCUCCUGAUGGCUGCCUCCAUCUACCUGCAUGAAGAUAACUAUGAUGCAGCACUGAGAUGCCUACACCAGUCCGACUCCCUAGAAUGCUCAGCACUGACGGUGCAAAUUUACCUGAAGAUGGACAGAGUGGACCUGGCCAAGAAGGAGCUGAAGCUGAUGCAGGAGAAAGAUGAUGAUGCAACCCUGACCCAGAUGGCUCUGGCCUGGUUUAACAUGGGCGUGGGAGGCGAGAAGCUCCAGGAUGCCUUCUACAUCUUCCAGGAGAUGAUUGACAAGAACAGCGCGUCCCCGCUGCUGCUGAACGGGCAGGCGGCCUGCUGCAUCCACCAGGGCAAGUACGAGGACGCUGAGGGCAUUCUGCAGGAGGCCAUGGAUAAGGACAGUAAUAAUCCGGAGACUCUCAUCAACAUGAUCGUCCUGUCACAGCAUCUAGGCAAGGCCCCAGAGAUCAGUAACAGAUACCUGUCCCAGCUGAAGACAUCUCACCAGAAUCACCCCUUUGUGAAGGAGUUCACAGCUAAGGAAAAUGAGUUCGAGCGACUGAUGAAGCAGUAUGCACCAGCAUAAGGCUCCGACUAGAGAAACGUCGUGUAGAAAUAAAUCUAACUUCAAAGCAUUUAUAUAUCCAAUGGGCACACACUUUAGCGAAUGUCUCAUUGGACUGUGCACUAGUCAUUCACACUAAGAAUGCUUGGUGCAAUUUGGCUCAGUCCUUUGGGAUACCCUCUUCAGUCCAUCUUGUUUUAGGUAUCAGAAGUUAUAGAACAGUCAACCCAGAUUUUGACUUUUUUGUUGUAAUAUGUAAUUAAGAUUCACAAAUCUAUACAGGAGUUUUCAUGUUCUCAGUUUAAACUGAUUUGGUGUCUUUACUGAAAAAAAUGUUUUACAUAUCUUCAUCUCCUCACUGACAUGAUAUUACAAUUCUGUAUCUGUUUGGCAAAAAGUAUGUGGAUAAAAAUUGUAACAUUCCAAAAUCAAGGAUGAGUGAUGUUAAAAGUACCAUUUCAUCAAGACCUUUUGAUUUACCAAAACUGCUCUGAUUAUGAAUGACAAUACAGCAUAGACUGGAACAAAGCUACAUGUAAUGUUACUGUACUAUGUAUUACAUCGAAUAAAUCAAAGAUUUAUACUCAA